ACUGUACCGUACGGCGUAUUGUAAGUACACUUUUGUACAAGUACAGUACGCUGGAACCACGAACGUCAAGUAUAAAAUUUAUUCCGCAUCAACAUUCAACAAUAAAAAAAAGCGAAUUCGCUUGCAUCGUUGCUCUUUAGUCUUUACCGACCUUACCGUUAGUUUACGGCUUCUUCGUAUUAUUUAAAAUUAAUUCUUUCAAGUGCUUAAUUUUUAACAGGUGUUCUGUGUCUGCAGAAUUGUUAUUUUCGGUUUGAGUUCGUUUCGUUUGUGUUUUUGAGUUAUUACUGUCUUACUGGUAUCUGUGCCUUAUGGAACUUAUGCAGAAGGAACGAAACAUCUGCUGUGCUGACUGAAUCUGUGGUGUGUGUAUCUGGCAUUUGACGAGUCUGCUUCAAAUGCAGCAGAUACCAAUGUCUUCGUGGCCGAGCUCAAAAUGGGAAGAUCUUCGCAAACAAGCCAGGACGCUCGAGAACGAGAUCGACUCGAAACUGGUUAGUUUCAGCAAACUGAGUUCGCAGCAUGCAGCCACUUCUAAUCUUUUCCCUCGCCCUGACUCUUUCAAUCGCAUCCCCAGCGAAGAGAACAUUCCACUUAUCAAUGCGACAGAUGACAAUCGCGUUUUCGAUGCUCUAGCUUCCGAGAUCGAAUCGCAUCUUGCCAAGUUGAGUGGGAUAAACGAUCAGAUGGCCGAUUGUAUGGAGCGCUUUUCUUCGUCGCCUGGCGCAGCAUUGCUGCACACGCUGCAGCGUCAUCGCGAUAUUCUUCAGGAUUAUCUGCAGGAAUUCAACAAGACUAAGGCGAAUUUUGAACAGCUACGGGCUAGGGAGGAAUUAUUUGGCCCCUUGAAGCUGCAGUCGGGCAGCAGUAGGAAUAGGCCCGAUCCUUACCUUAAAGAGCACGAACAUUUACGAAAUUCGGAGAAAAUGGUCGAAGAUCAGAUCGGAAUUGCAGUGAUGACCAAGGAAAAUCUCGCCUCUCAGCGGAAUAGUUUACGGAAUGUUGUUGGCCGGUUGGGUGCCAUAUCAAAUCGGUUUCCUUCGGUGAAUGGACUGAUGCAGAAGAUAAAUUUCAGAAAACGGCGUGAUGCCAUAAUUUUGGGCACUGUGAUUGGAAUCUGCCUCUUCAUCAUCAUGGUAAUUUUGUUCUGAUAAUUUUGGUCUAUCCCGGAUUGCCACUUCCGGUCAGAGUUAACGUUUGGUCUUGCAAGCUCGCUCGGCUGCCCUUACGGAAUACCGCAAUGCCUGUUUGUUAAAAACCAAUUUGCUGGGCAAAAUGGACGCAGAGGUUAAUUAUUUGGUAACUGUUUCUGUGGAGCCCGAAAGUUCUAAGGGACGCUUCUGUCUCUCCGAUGCUUGGUACUUGUGUAAGAAUUGUUUUUAUUGGUGAGAUAUGCUACUAUUUCUUUCAGAUUAUUUUUUAUUUACUGCGUAAAUGAGCAUUAAACAGUGUUAAAAAUUUUGCUGCGGUCA